AUGGUUCUCUUGGGGAACCUCCUCAACCUGAGCCUCGGGCUCAACCCAGCUCUCCGUCUUCGCUCCGACGAAAAUGGAGCACUCGUCCGCGCUGAAAGCACAGUUCUGCAUGGCCACACCGCACGAGAUAUCCCAUCUUAUGCUGCAAACCUCAAGCGCUUACAUCACACUGUGAAGAGAGCGCGUAGUGUGAUUGAGAACCGGGAUGCCUCUGUGACUGUGGCCCAGUCGGAACUGCAGGGCAUUUUGACCAAGAUUGAAGACUUGGAGAAGCAGGUCAAGGCGUUGAUGAAAGGGGGUGAUGCCCCUACGACUGCAACUUCGCCUGUUCCCGGCCUGGAAUCUGGUCCUGCGCCUACUUCCAGCAAGAAGUAUGGUACGGACAGCGCAGCCGAUCAGGACUGCGAUGCAGAGAAUUUGCUGUAUGACUUGGGCGCGCGGGCUGUUGUUGACGCGGAUGGACAGGUAAGUGGGCACCCAUUGUUUCGUAGAAAUGCUGACUGCCCCAUGGAAUCUGCUGUCAAAGGUAAGAAGGGUGGCAAAGCCGGUUCAAGUGGUUCAUCAGAGGCUUCUGGUGAGACGGGCUCUCCUGAUGCGUCAGAGCCAUCCACUACUGGGCCAUCAAACAAGGGAAACAUCGUGGCUUCUCCGCAGGGAUCCAAUGGAGAAGGUGAUGCGGCACCUCCAAAUGCAUCAAACGAUGCUUCAGGUGCUGCUAAAGAUGUUCCAUCUCCACUGGCCUCGAAAGAGAAGCACAUGAACCCAUCGGCCGAGACUCCUCCCACUGUCCCAGAUGACUCUGAUGCUCCCUAUUCUACAGACGAUGCAUCCCCCAACACCCACAAAUCAGCAGGUUCCAUGGACGACGACAGUUCCCCGCAAGCGAAGCAGAAGAAUGUGGUAGGCGGCGACAAAGGCACCACCGUACUCACCAUCUCUGCCACCGAAGUCCCUUCCGAUUUACCCAAGCAAGUUGUAUCAGCUACAGAAGAGACUGUUGAAGUAAAGACGUUGCCCUUCAACGGCAAGUACAUGACCACGACGAUCACAAAGACAACUACUCGACGAUCUACUGUUACAGUCACACUGCAGCACAAGACUGACGCUACGGGAAAUGGGAAAUUCGACGACGACAGAGUCGUUCCCACUGGAUUUUUAACCACGACCAAGAAGAAGCCUCAGGGCGCGGCAAAUAAGGAUGCUGAAGCGACAGAAACAUCAGAAAAUGUCCCUAGUGCCCCCAGCAUUGGCAGCUUCAAAAAGUUCACCAACGGCACUGUCAAAUUUUCCAACAGCACUAUGGGGAACAAAGUCCAUCUUAAAAGCCAAAAGAUUGCUAAUGCGACAAUUGAUGAGAAGCCUCUCAAUGGUACCUUGAAUGAAAAGGUGGCAAACGUCAAGAGCGCGGCCGAAAAGCCCACCAAGCACAGCGUUGGGAAUAGCAAAACUCACCACAAGACGGCGAGCCUCACUUCCGCCAGUUCUGCCCAUCGCCACACCACAGCGAGCAAGGCCAUGAACACUCCUCAUCUCAAAAUGGUGAAUUUCACUGCGACCGUCUCCAAGGAAAAGGCUGCCACUAGCAUUUCUCACCACGAACUGGUGAAACCCGUCAACUCCAGUGCCGCGGAUGAGACCAGCACAACCCAGAAGUCCUUCAACAGCACUUCCACAUCAAGCAACAGGACCGCCACAGCCACCUCCAUCAGGGAAUUCAACAAACCCCCCGAGAAGAUCCAAGUCAUCACCGUCGUCCCCAUGGCCGCCAACGAGUCCUCCACAUGGACCGCUCCCACCGAAACACCAACCUUUGUGACAGAGAAGCCCAAGCCAUUUCAGAUCGCAACACCAGCCAACGCAACUGUCCCCAGACCGUUCACCGGCUUCACAACAGUCCGGACGCCCAUGUCCAAGCGACUGUUGAGGAAGUGA